GGCAAGAAAAAGAAGAGAAAGCGUGAGAAGCUGGCCCAGCAGCAAAGCCAUGACACGGAGAACUCCCUGGCAUCCAAGAGCAAGAAGCCGUGCGUGCAGUACCUGCCGGCCGAGAAACCCUGCGACAGCCCCGCAUCCUCCCACGGCAGCAUGCUGGAUUCGCCCGCCACGCCAUCAGCUGCCCUGGCGUCCCCGGCUGCGCCAGCCCCCACCCACUCGGAACAGGCUCAGCCCCUCUCACUCACCACCAAACCGGAGGCCAGGGCUCAGCUCGCUGUGCAUUCGGCCACCUUCCUCUCGGGCAAAGCUGCUGCUUCUUCUUCUUCCUCCUCUUCCUCCUCCUCCAGCCUCGGCAGCCCGCCCUCGCUCCUCUCCAGACCCAUUCCCUUCACCUCGGUGCCUUCCACGGCUCUUCUGGCCUCGCCACCAUCCUUCGCGGCUGCCAUCCCGUCCCCGCAGGCUGCCCUGGCCGUGCUGCAAACGCAGCCCCUUUCCCUGGUCACCAAACCCGCUGACUAAGGGAAAGACUCGUCCGCCCCCUCAUCCUGUCCCAUCCGUCCCCUCCCUGCUGUACAUUGCAGAAGCCACAAUCAAGAUUCAAAUGCAGACAAAACCAUUAUUGGUCAAUAUUUGACCCUUUCUGAACUCUUUUGUAAGCAGACUCUGGAGGAAGGGGCUUUCUGCUCAGAGCUGCUACCAGCAGUCGACCUAAAGACCGUUUUUAUUAAAAAAAAGGAAAAGAAAAAAAAAAAAAGAAAAUAAAUCCUCCACAAGCUGCCGACGAUGGAAAUCUCCUGCGAGCUGACCAUGGCUGUGGGCCAAGCGCCCGGCGCUGCCACAGGACCCAGCGCUCCCGCGCACAGGCAUGCCAGCACCAAACAGGGUGGGCGUUGAGCUGGGGCCAGUGCUCCGUCCCAGAGGCAAGAGCAGAAGCAUUGGCUACCGAGCCGGUGACUCGAUGCUCCCAAAUCCUCCCGUCCUGCGGCUCUGCUCCCAGCCACAGGGAUUGCCCUCGCUCUGUCCCGGCAAGGAGCCGGAUCCUGCCCUGAGGAUGCUGCACCGUCGGCCCUGCUCCUUCCCGUGGUCAUGCUGGGGUGGGCAGGAUCCAGGGCUGAGCCCUGGGUGGGGGGUUUUUCCCCUGGAAACCCUGUUAUUUUCCACAAAAAGAAAUAAAACUAC